AUGACGUCCCGUUGCGACCCUACGGAUCACGACGAAGAUAAGCACUCCGAACGUUCUCACCCCCACAGUCAAAUUAAUCGUCCUCACAGCAGCUGUUGCAAUCGACUGCAACCUCCCAACUUCAAGAUCCAGCCAUUCGAUGGCAAUCCGAAGAACUACGCGCGAUUCAAGGCUAAAUUCCAGGCCUUGUAUGAAGAAUACGAAGAUUCUCCGGUACUUCUUUUCAUGUUGGAGGAACUGCUAGCCGAAGAGGUACGAAACGAAGUCGGUGAAUGUCUUACCGACGGAACAAUGUACUCCGUGGUGUGGGAACGUUUGGACGCAGUCUUCGGGCGGACUGAAAUCAUGGAUCAGACGUACCUCGACGACCUUCUACAGGUCCCGCCAUUGAAGAGCAUGGAUGCUGCCAGCCUCAAGACUUUCGCAAACCGCCUGCACGGAGCUGUAGCUACGCUCUCAAAAUCGAAGUAUACUCAUGAGCUGUAUAGCCGUCCACCGCAAGACGGACGCCCGUUCAUCGCUCAUUUGGCCAUCGAGGAACGUUCCGAAGACCUAAACGAGCUGGUGAAGAAGUUUUGGCAACUUGAGGCCAACGAAGUAGAGAUAGAACCACCCGUUCUAUCUGAGGAAGACUUACGUGGAAAACGCAUCCUAGAGUCUUCAGUAAAACGUAUCGGUAACCAGUACCAAGUCGGCUUAAUGUGGAAAGCCGACGAAGUAGAUCUCCCAAACAAUCGGGCAGCUGCAUUGAAGAGGCUCUACGCUCUCGAACGACGUUUUCAUCGGGACGAAGAGUUUGCUCAUAAGUACGAUGCAGUAGUCAAGGAGUACAUCGGGUUAAAACACGCCCGGCUCCUAACGACCCAAGAAGCCCAGACGGAGUCAACAAAGACGUGCCUGCUUGGUGUGCUCAUCCGUUUCCGCCGUAACCUUGUACCAGUCGGAGCGGACAUUGAGAAAAUGUUCCACCAAGUGAAAGUCCCGGAAGCAGACCAGGCAGCCUUCCGAUUUCUCUACCGAACGCCUGGCAGUAAUUCAGCUCCGUUAACGUAUCAGAUGACGGUACACGUAUUUGGAGCUAUAUCAUCCCCGACGAGCUGCAUCUUCGCCCUCAACAGGACGGCUGACGACUACCGCAGCCAGUUUCCAGACGUAGCCGAUAGCGUUCGACGUAAUUUCUACGUCGACAAUUAUCUAGACUCCUUCGAGUCCGAAGACGAGGUCAUCAAACGGUCCCGCGAAAUGAAGUCCCUUCUCCAGUUAGGGGGCUUCAAUUUGACCAAAUGGACGUCGUCAUCGAGAACGGUGAUAGCGGCGUUACGAGAGUUUGGCCUCGCGUCACCAACUCUAAAUCUGGACUUGGAGAAACUUCCCGUCGAAAGAACGCUGGGAGUAAUGUGGGACAGCGAACGAGAUAUGCUGUCGUUCAAGAUUCGGAAGCCGCCAAACAACGUGACACUCACGAAGCGAGCCUUCCUAAGCAUCAUCUCUAGCGUCUACGACCCGUUGGGGCUAGUUGCACCAGUUAUCUUCGUGAUGAAGUCUUUACUCCAAGACAUCUGGACCAAUGAAGAACGGAUCGGUUGGGAUGACGUCGUACCGGAAACAUUAAGUCAACGUUUCUAUGGCUGGUACGAUCAUCUGGAAAAUUUGGAGUCGCUCUCAGUACCGAGAUGCUUCCGUUUCAUACGAGGACGUUGGACUCAACAGCACCUCUACGUCUUCACGGAUGCAAGCUCCAAAGGAUUCGGAGCAGUAGCCUACUUCCGCACUGUAUUUGAAGACCACUCCGUCAACGUGUCAUUCGUCAUGUCGAAAACGCACGUCACCCCGGUAAAAGGUCUCACGAUUCCACGUCUGGAGUUACAGGCGGCAGUAGAAGGCCUCAACCUUGCUCUCACGAUUUGUCGUGAACUAGAAAUUGAUUUGAGGGGUAUCGACCCAAAGGACGUCGACGAAUUGGUCUACUUCCAUAGAGGACCUGCGUUCCUGAACCUAGACCCUUCAGAGUGGUACAUUUGGGAAGAGAUUACGGAGCCUGAGGAACGAGACGUAAACGUGAUUCGCGUUUUGGCAGUCAAAACGGAAGAUGAGAACCAUGUCAUCGACCGAUGCGUAGCACGUUUUUCCAGCCUGGUGAAGAUUCAACGGGUGCUAGCCUGGAGUAGAAGAUUUACCAAAAACGCCAGAGCAAAACUUCGUGAUGAAAAACCCAUGGUCGGAGAGCUGACAGUAGAAGAAAUGGUAACAUCGCUGACAAAAUGCAUCGUACGAGCGCAGGAAUUGGCCUUUGCUGAAGAAGUCUAUGCCCUUCGCAAGAAUCUGGAGCUACCACUCCGAUCCAAACUUCGCAACUUCAAGCCCUUCUUGGAUGAAGAUGGACAGAUGCGAAUUGGAGGACGUAUACUCCUAGCGCCGAUCGACUAUGCAGCUAAACACCCCAUACUUCUGCCAGCAUCUCAACUCCUAACGAAAAGGAUAAUUUGGGAUUAUCACGUUAGAAACAUUCACGUCAAGACGGAGAGAUUGUUGACGGACCUCCGCUCUCACUACUGGAUACUCUCUGGACGUAAAGUGGUAAAAUCUGUCCUCAACAACUGCUGGCCCUGCAAGCGCACGUCGGCAAAACCUAGUCCUCCUUUAAUGGCUUCACUACCAGUCCAUCGUUUGACACCACAUCUGGCGGCGUUUACAUACACAGGGAUCGAUUAUUUCGGACCCUUGACCGUAAGAGUUGGUGGUCGGGGAAGAAGACACGAAAAACGUUGGAUCAGCCUAUUCACGUGCUUCACCACAAGAGCAGUUCACCUGGAAGUGGCCAACGGUCUCAGUAUGGAGGAGUUUUUACUCUGCUUCUCCCGUUUUGUUAGCCUACGUGGAAAACCCAAGGUCGUUUACAGCGACAACGGAACUAACUUUGUUGCCGCCGAGCAGGAGUUACGGCAAGCGUUGGAAGAACUCAUCAGUAAACACGAAGAGCUCCAGACGUUAAUGCCUUGCCAACAGAUUGAGUGGCACUUCUCUCCACCCCAUGGACCCCACUUCGGCGGUGUUUGGGAGAGGAUCGUACAAUCCUGCAAGCGGGCAAUGAAGUCCAGUAAAGGGAACUGCCUAGUUACGGACCAAGUCCUACGAACCGUGAUCGCUGAAGUAGCAGCUUUGCUAAACGCCCGUCCGUUAACCCAUCUGAGCGUGGACCCAGAAGACCCGGAUCCGUUAACGCCAAACCACUUUUUGUAUGGUGGAGCUCGACCAUAUUUUCCUCUACAACUGGCUGAUGUGGAAGACCUGAACGUAACCAACAAGCAGUUCCAGCAAAGUCAAGCCAUCCUUCAGCACUUUUGGAACAGAUGGCUACGUGAAUACGUUCCCCACUUAACUGAGAGAAGAAAGUGGCAAGAAAAUAGGCCUAACGUGACCGUGGGAUAUUUAGUGCUAGCAGUUGAACCAAGUACUUUGCGUGGGCAGUGGCCGAUGGGCCAAGUGUUGGAAGUUAUCCCCAGUGCAACGGAUAACGUUGUUCGAGUCGUAAAAGUCAAGCUCAGCAACCACCCAAAACCAUGUAUUCGGCCGGUGGCCAAAUUAUGUAUCAUGGUACCAGCCAAAGAACAACAAAUUUACGCAAAAGACGAAAAAAUGGAACCUUCAACAGCGUAA